AUGGAGAUGACUCGAGAAGAGUUGAUAUUCGAAUUGGAAUUGAAGGAGCGACAGAUAGAGGAGCUGACCAGAGAAUUGGCGGGAUACAGAAGCUUCUUUCACGGUCGGAAAAUUGCAGUUUCGGCCGAAGUUGCAUCAACGGAAGGUGACUCAAAUGGACUGGAACAUCAAAAAGACCGUCGGUGAGUUCAGUAAAGUUGCUUGAACCCAUAUCCAAACAAAUGCUACCAAUGAUGAAAUCAAAAAUUUUAAGUCUUACCCCAUUUCCAAGGUAUUUUGUUCUUUGUUAUCGCCGAGUAUCUGGUCUCCCCUUAUUCAAUAUUCAAUUUGUUUUUUCCUGGUCCAAUGGAGUUUGUUUUCAGCACUUUUGACAUAAUUGAGUCCGCUUUAUUGGCAAAUGAAUUCCUUUGUCAGUUGGAGCAAUUCCAAAUCGAUGAGAUGAUAAAUGCAAUGCAACCAAUGAUGUUUGCUCCAGAUCAGUGGAUCAUCAGACAAGGAGAGUUUGGGAGUAAACUGUAUGUCUUGGAAGGUAUGGAACAUCAGAUUAAUCAAUCACGAAUCAUGUUGUAGAAGGAAGAGUUCAAGUGACAAAAGACAGUCGAUUCCUGAGAGUUAUGGAAGCACCGUGCGUCUUCGGAGAACUCGCUAUAUUGUAUCAUUGUGAACGAACGGCAUCCAUCAAGUGUAAGGGUUUAUCUUUUGGUUUUGGAAAAAAUUGUAAAAUUUUCUGACACUUCGCAACAUAAUCAAUUUUUGACAUUUUGCCUAUAUUUUAAAAUUAUUUUAUUUUUGGAAAAUUUUGCAAAAUUUGCCAAUUUAUUGGGCCACCUGCAACCUUGCAUACUCCUUUGACUAAUUUGUUUUUGUUAUUAUUUCAAAAUGAUGCUUUCACUCCUAGAAUUGCCUAAUAUAAUGAUGUAUCUGCCAAAUUGUGUCAUUUGCAGCCUUAUGCAACUGUCGGGUCUGGGCGUUGGAGAGGCGAAUCUUUCAUGCCGUCAUGGUUAACACGGCAAAGUCCAAGCAUGACGAGAUGGUCGCAUUGAUGACCAAAUCGAAGCUGCAGAAGAUGUUCUCCGAGGAACAGAUCGAUCUGCUCGCGGACUCUGUGAAAGAUGAGGAAUGGGGGUUUCGAGCCGAAGUGGAUCAGUCUCAUUUGGAAGGGAAAUUAUACUUGGUUGUAUCAGGACAGGUGAGUUCGUUGUUUUUGCGGUGAUAACAGAUAUUGUUUUGAUGUUAUUCGUCAUUCAUAUACGUAGUUUUUGGUUUUGGAAAUUUCGGGAAGCCGAAUAAUUGGUAUGGAAUUUGAGUAAAGGGCUAUAGAGUUUGGUCUUAUUUUGAAGUUCCUCGUUCUAUAAAAAACGGCGGCUCCCCUAGGAAUAUACGAAUAUAUAAACGCAUAUACAUUUUAUAGCCUUAUCUUGCAUAUCGUAACGGUUUUUAUGGUGGUCACAUUUUCCAGACAUUCUUAUAAACAUCAAAAGUAGCUCAGACCAUUGGUUUUUUUGUCUGGAAUGUGUACUCUAAACAGCUGCUGACGUGACUCACGAGUUUCGUUCCACUGUCUGGCCAUAUUCUUGUAUCAAAAAGUAUGGUUGAUGUGCAGAUAGAUGAGAGUGAACCAAAAAGGGGAUGUCUCCGACUUGUCCGUCCGUCAAACGCAGCGAGUGAGUUUGCCGGCUUAUUCUCGCGGAUUCGACACUCUAAGCUGGCAUGGUAGACGAUUGGGGCUUUAGGGCGUUCAAUCGCGUAUUUAUCAGCUUUAUUCUAGUUAUUUUGGACGUUUUUUGGGAUUCGUUCGGAUCGAGAAUCGAACUCUCCUCCUUCGGUUUAGCGAACAAACUCACUACCACUGCGCUAUAUAAACAGUGGCGCUCACAAGAGAAUUAGGGUUGGGAAAAACACGAGAGAAUUAGGGUUGGGAAAAAGGAAAAGAAGAUGGAUGGCUGGGAAAGAUUGAUUUUCUCAAUUUCCGCCCGAAUGUGAUGUGUUCCGACGUCGAAUUGUAAUUUUCAAACAUUCUACCGUAACGCUCCAGUUACACCCAACGCGCUCUAAUGCCGCCAGAAUUCCGGUGAUAAGUAGCGACAUUAAUUAUUGAUGUAGCGUUUUACAAUUUCAUUUAAGCGAAUGUAAUUAGAUGAGAUUCGGGUCGAGAAAGGUGCAUUUCGAGUUGAGAGAACAAUUCAGGGAAAUGUUUGAAAAAAAGACUUUCUUUAGUGACAGCUGUGUGUUUACAAAACGUCAAGACGGAAUUAGCCGAACGUUCGCCGUUCUUCAGAUGCUCUUCACAUGUUCCCUUUGGGCUAUUUUGAAUCCCCGGUCUUUGAGAACUCUCUCCGGAUUAUGUACGGGGGUUUCAUGUGAAAGUGGGUUGAUUCAGGAAGCGGGAUUGAGCGGAAUGGUAAUGAGGCCCGUUAAUGGUUAAAUCGAUGGUACUAUGUCAUGUGGGAACUUUUGAUUUUUAUUUCCUUGUUAAAAGGUGUUCUGUCGAAUGCAGAUCGACGAUUAUAUACAAUUUUUGUCUGUGUUGUUCCAGGAAUCUCAUUUUAAAAGAUGAUCUGUUAAUGGUCAGACUCACGGUCAUUCUCGGUACCAGCAUUUAGAUUUGUGAUUUCUACUGAAUCGGAUGUUACACCAAUCACUUUUAAAAGGAAGUCACGGUCCUACAGUAGUAUAUAAGCAUACUUUGUGCUUCUCCAGUGUAAUAUUGAUGUUUGGUAAAGUUCGUUUAAUCAAUGAGGAAGCUCUUCGGAUGGAAAGUGGAACAUAACUCUGCCUCCAUGCAUGUUUGGUGAAACUUUUCGUAAUGUGUCUUUAGGAAUAGUUAUGCCUCAUUUAUUAUUCGAACGACAGGUGAAAAAGAAGGGGGGAGGGGGUCCAAACAAAAGUAGUGUUACUUUUGUUUGGAGCUGUUAUGUAACACGCAAUUCGAACAAAAUGUUUUGGUCUUGUCAAUGUUGGAGAUGCGUUUGGUUUCACUUGAGGUUUCUUCAGUUGUUACGGGAUUAAUUUGGGCUUAAUGCAGAUAAUAUUAUAACAGCUUGAAGUCAAACGGAUCAUCCGUCCACGUAGUUCCGGCGGACUGUCCUGUUUCUCGGGAGUUCUGGAGCCCUCGGUAAUCUUUAUUCUUUUGUUCAUCCGUUCAUCUGACCAUUCUGUUUCGCAAUGCCCGUGCGAGAAAAGGUUUCGCAAUACAGGAUGUCGCAAUAAAUAUUUGUUUAUGACGCUCUCUGCACUGGUCACUCGGACAAACGCGAAUAAAAAACCGACGUGAGGGAGGAAACAACAAGAGCAUAGUACGAAUCAAACGAAAUGCUGGGGUCCGCUAAGCCGACGAGAGCUCUUUUCGCUUCUUCUAGUAUAUAUUGGGUGGGGGACAGCUGACCAGCAAGUUCCAGUGGUCUUUCUCUUCCCUCCUCCCCUUCAAUAUUAGUAUAGAUUUGUCCCUCACAUGACUCUCUCGCUCCUUUAGUAUACUUUGAUCCCGUCUUCCUAUCGGGCCGACCCUUUAUUCUAUUUUUGGGACAUGAUUUACGGUCUUGUUGGAGUGUUUUCAUGUGUACCCUUCUUCUUAUGACAUUAUUAUUUGAUACUUUUGCACGAAGCUCGUUUAUUCUGCGGAUGUUAAUUAAAACAAGGACUUUUGUGCAAAAAAUGUCGCCAACUUUGCCCAUGUCAUGCUUCCUUUGCGUAUUUUGUAAACUUUGUUCUCCUCGGAUCGAAUUUCAUCUAUUUUUUCCUAUAUUAGAGUGCAGUUUCUGAUUGCAAGCAUGAUUUAUAUUCUUGGUGGUUAAACCAUCUUGUCAGAGUUAUUUUAAAGUUUCGUUGACGCCUUUUUGUUAGUCGUUUUACUAAAUUAUCUUUUUUGCGGUCCGAGUUCGUCACUUUUGGUCAUAAGGGUUCGAGAUUGGAGUAAUUGAAUACUUGGACCGCCGAUCGGCGUCUUGAGACCAGUUCUGGCUGAUCUCAAUUGAACUCUGUCGUGAUUAGAUGGUCUUCUGUCUCCUCUUCGGUAUGCAACACGAAUCCAUGAAAGAAAUAGAGGUGACUCGUACUCGAAGCCGAUUUAUUUCGUUUCCUGAAAGGACACCAUCGCUUGGAUUAUGUUGUUGUUUUGGUCCUUCGCGCCCAAGCACACGUUUCUCGACGCUUCCUUAUCAAUUCUGUUCCACGUUUUUGCGUUGUCCACCUAGCCCAAGUCACGUAACACUGUCUUCCCAUCAUCAAAUGUUUUCUCAACGCCUUUCUCGGUUACAUCGCUCGAUUGCGUACUUGUUCGUUUAAUGGGUCAUAUGAGAGUGUAAAGAGAAGUGUUGUGUUUUCGCUGCUGCAGUGCCGGUCGAUGGAUUUCGUUGACAUGCAGGCUCUCUUCCUAACGUUCUCGAAAUGAGAGAAUCGUUCCAUUAACCAUGAGAAAAGCCGAUCGGUGUUGGGAAGAAAAUCGAUAAGAGAAAAUAUAAUAUUAGUUUACAAAAGUCUCCUUCCCAAUGAGCAGACUCAUAAAUAGUAAUAAAUCAUUUCAGCAAGAAGAGAAGGUUACCCUCGAGGGUCCAAUUACCCAUUUCGUAUACGAAAACUGAUAUGACAAGAAUUUAUUUCCUUAAAAUUUCUCAUCAUUAUUUUGGAAUAAGGGUACGGUAAGGGUGGACUUUUGAUGUCGAGGUUGGACUCGGUCUGAUCCGUCUUGAAUUGACAACCCUAUUUUGUAAACAUACGUGUGUUUACAUUUAGGGUGUUUUUUCAAGUUAUUGUUAGGAUACCAAAAGGAUAUUUGAACUGUAUUAUUUCUAUUAUCGUCUGAUCGAGAAGGUGAGACCAGACAACAGUUGAAUUUGUGCUGGUAAUAAUGAAUUGUAGCUUUUGGAUUGACAUUGAUGGGCAGUUCCGGAUUAUUUAUUUGUUUUUUGCCUCCAUUUAAAGAAUGGCCAUACGUUUGUUAUUGUCGAGUGUAUUUUUUAUUAUAAAGACUUUUGCCGAGACAAAUUACUCUGCUUUUUGAUUAAUAUGGACAUAUGAUUUCAGAUAACCCAACGCCGUAACUCGUCUUACGGUACGGCACCCGAACUUAAGACUCUGACCGCCGGCGAUAUUCUGGGUGACUUUUACGGUCUUUCACUGGCAUUGAGCACUCUCCCCGCCAAUCCAGCACUCCAUUCGCAGAUCCGAGGCGCUGCCGCAGCUCAACGCCCGACUUCGAGGUAAGGAUUACUGUAAUCGAUUACUGUGGAAUGUGUAAUUAUCCCGUAUGUAGUGUUUUUAAGUUGUUUUCUUUUGAGAAUCUAUUUUUAAUUUGCUUUUACACUGCUGUCCGCUUGUUUUGGUAGGCAUUAUAACUUUGGAUAGUCCAAUUUUUAAAGAUUCUUGUAUUUCGAAAUUUUUUUUUGGAGAAACGGGUUCUUUAUCAAUAUUUUUCUCACCCGAAGAUCUUUACUCCCUUUCGUUUAUAAUGACUUUACAGCUAUCGAUCGACCGACUGCUUCCCAUCAUAUCUUCUAGGUAUUAUAAUAUGUGUCUAGGCCCGAGCUGAGUGCGUUUCCAGUACAUGGGAACUAAACUUUGGUUUCGGUGAUCUUAUGACGUCGCUUUCUCUUAACACUCGUGUCUUAUCAUCGGUCUGCUGAAGGACGGCUAGGAAGAGGGAAAGCACGUGCUGCAUGCCUGAGGCGACUUUUAACACCUGAAUCACGUCAACGAUUUCAUUGACAGGCCGCCAUCAAUUUGGCGAGUAUUUUUUCUCAUUUCUUGCAGAUCACAAUUUAAUUUCAAAUUCCAUUUGAUAAUUUCUUAUAUUUUCUUUAUAGUUAGAGUAUUAAAGUUGUACUCUGCUCCUAAUCCCUCUUAUUGAGUUGCGUACGUGUUCUUUUUCCCUUCCUUCCGUGUCCUCCCAUUCGUUACGAGGCCGGAUUAAUGACAGCCACUUAACCUUGUGGUUGUAAUAAAUGUUUUCUCAACUUAUCAUUGAUUUUUCGGGAUACAGUAUCUCGUUUUUCAUCGUGUUUGGUGUCUCCUCCAUUUAAUUAUCACUUCACUUUCAAUUCUUCUCUUCAGUUGAAUUUUUGAGAACCUUGCACCUUCGAACCCUUUAUGGCGUUGAAGUUAUUCUUUGAUCUGACCCCGCCCCAUCUACUGUCCUCUCCAUCUAUGUCAAUGUGCGAUCAUUCCAAUACCUGUCUCCUACGCCGGUUAAGCACGCCGUUAUGGGUGGCUUCAUAUGUUUCGGAGUGGGCCCUCGUCUGCUUUGGUGAUGACUUUCCUUUUGCGUUGGUCUCAACAAGUUUUUACUCAUGCAGCUCCAAAAACUGCGCUUAAUCGAUCACACGCCGGUUACGAUCUUCAUUAUGAGCGUAGUAAUUGAUAAUAAGUGAGCAGUUGAUCUGCAAUGAGUCAUCACCUUGUUUAUCUAUGAUCUUUCGGUUUCUGCGAGUAAUGAGAUCUUUCAAAGACUAACACGCGAUUGGUGUGCACUUACGUCUACAAGCAAUCGUAUUUAAAGUCAGAGCUUAUUCAUUUUGUCAUUUAUUACCCGUCGUGCCCCAUCUUGUAUUUUUGUGUUGCUAUCUCUCUGUACGUAUACUAAUCCUUCGGUUAUUAUACUGUAUUUACACUGAGAAUGAAUGUUUGCGAUCUAAUGAACCUCUGGACAGGUGUUAUCUUCCAUCGCAAAAAGUAAACCUUUCUUGAUGACUCCUUUUACAGUAACUUUUAAUGGUCAACCUUGAGAUCAUUCAGAUCUUACUGUAGCCUAAUGAGUUUGAUAAACAACUUGUCAUUCUUUGCAAGACUUUUGACGUUUUUUAUCGUUUCCUGCAGGCGUAUACAUGAGCAUCAUCUUCGCCAUUCAGAGUUCAUUAGGCUCCCCCGCAGAGCAGAACCUGACACUUUCAUAACAAGUUUAUUUUCCGUAUAAAUGAUUCCUUUUACAGUCUCUCGAGCUAAUUGACGAAACGGCAAAGGCCUGUUAUCAGUAUUAUCAGCGGGUCUUUAUUUGAGGUAACCGUCGAGUCUCAUGUCUCUGGAUGCCUCGAACUCUUUGAGUUUUUCAUUUUCUCGCUUUUCUUUUGCCUUUUUGAGGCAAUGUCUGGUACUUUGAUAGUCUUGCAGAAAACUUUGGUUCCCUCGCAAAAAAACACGUGAUUUUGAAUUUAUGUUGUGAUACCGAUGAUACGAGUAAUCCCCUUGCAAAAUAUUUGUGUUUUCAGAAACAACAACGUUGGAGAACGUUACUUCGUUGACUCCGUUGAAGGUGCCCGUCUGAUCGUCAUGCUGGUCGAACAAAUUUGUCGCACUUUGGAUAAUACCUCAUUAAUAGACGAGCCGUCGGUCUCACAGAAAAGGUAUGUUUAUUUAAAUUUAUAUUUAUAUUGGGGGGUUUAAAGUAACUUUUGAAGAUAGAAAUAGUUUUUUUUAUUACCUAAAUUGGAAUGCAGCGGUUUCCAAAUAAAGAUCAUAGGAUGGGAAAUGACUGUAAUGGGAGCUUGUUUAUGACAUCUUGCAAAGGAAUGGGAAUUUGUUUUAAAAUCGGCAUAUGUUUGCAAUUCCCAUGGGAAAAAUUACUGCGAGCCAUAGUUGUCCAAAAUUACAGUACUGCAAACGAUAUGCGGAAAUUGCUUUAAAGUAACUGGAUUACAAUAGAAAACAUUUUCGGCCCAACGUCUUCCCGAAAAACAUCUUUUUUUUCACACGUUUAUGACACUAUUAGGAUAAAAAAGAUUCUAAAAAACAAAGCGUAUUCCCAGCGUGUAGAUUGAAUUGUUAGUCGCAGGAUGUGUUCCCUUGAGCUCUGUCGAUUACAUUACCCGCCAAUACCUGCGACCUUUUGCCUUUCCCAGCAAUUAUCCCAUGUUUCCUGAAUGCUCGGAUAAAUUGCGGAGUCUGCGCUUUUGUGACACCUGAAAAGUGACAAAACUCCAAUGUUCGGUAAUCGAAUUGGAGAUUAUAUUAUACAAUAAUCGAACAAGGAGAAUAUUGGAAAUGACUAACCAGAGGUGUAAGAACCCUCGGAUUUGGAACCAUUUGCAUACAAAAAUAGACUCGACAACCCAAUUACAACAAGAUUAUUCGACGGAGAGCACUUGGACAAGACUUCAAUCCAAUCGAAAGCCCUUCGUUUGAUUAGUAGCCGCAUUGCCCUCAGAUUCGGUUGUUCUUUUUCCUCGUUCCAUUGUGGUUAAACGUCAAAAGGUCGAUCUUUUCUGUGGACUUCCUUGUUAUCAUCCCAUUCAUUCCAUUCUCUGAUCUGCCAGCAGUCACUCGAUAUCCCCCCUCUCGGGGCGAUAAAUAACUUUUGUCAGGCCAAGGCCUAAUUUAUACUUUGUGCCUUAUCGCCAAACGCUUAUUUUUCUUAUCAAAGGCCACUAGAGCACUUGAUACGCAUCCGCAUUUUAUUUAUAGCCCGCAUACGGUAACUUUUCCAGGUCCUCACUAGGGUUGUCGUUUUUUGUGUGUCAAUUCGAGACUAAAUAUUUACUUGUGGUCUUUGUUUUUGUUUAUUGGCCUAUCAAUUAGAUUGGGUCGCAUAAACGUCUCAAAAAUCGUGUCCUCCGGCCUUGUUGUACAAACAUUUCGCGCUUUCAUUUGUGAUUCUGAUGGUGAAAUUGAAUUAGUCAUGUCUCAUUAUCAGUCCUCCGUUUUCUCCUCUCGUGUCAAGUUCGAAUAGAUUUAUUAUAUUCCAUUGAACUCUAGGCCUUUGCUUCACGUGGAAGUGCAAGGAGUGCAUUCUGUCUGUAUGCCGGAGUUUAAAACCCCAUAAACUCUUAUGGAGUCGUUUUUCAUUCAUGGUUCAUUUGGGGUGAUCUCCAUUCUCUUUCCUUCCUUCCCAUGUCCAGUGUUCGAGGGCUUGAAGCCCAGUGCGCGAGUUUGUCUUCAAGUCCCAGGGCCCCGCCCUCGUUUUCUGGGCUUUCCUUUAUUCCGCGAGCAUCUUCUCCUUCUACUUGUAGAUCUCGGUUUUCCGCACAAACCAGCGCAGAGCAAGCUGGAGCUGCUCGCCGCUGUUGCUCGACUACUGGAAAAGGCGUGACUCCAUGUUCUGAAGACGUCGCACAGAGGUCGCGCACUCCUUCCCUCAAGCUCCCCGCCCGGCGAUCAACCGGGCCCUUCCCCUUCGUCUUCCAUUUUUUUGAUCAUCGCCUUUUCACCUUCACCAAUUUGGAAGGCUUGAGGAUCCUCCUGUGGAAGAUAAGGGUUGAAGGUAGACGGAGGCCAGGUCAGACAAAACACUUUCUUGGUCUCCCAAACCCUUUGUUCCACGUAUUUCUCCUUCCCAUUUAUGCGAGAUGGGUUUAUUCGGAUGCUUCGGGAUCCCGAAUUCGGCCCAGAAGUUGGCCCUUUCGCAGGCUCAAGCGUCCCUCGAGAUUUCCUUUGAGAAACCAAGGUAAGUGUCGGUGGAUGGUCAUGACUUGCGCUUUUGAGACCCUUAAGUCAUCCCGAGUAACUUUCUCGCAAAUGUAAAAAUUAUUUACAGCUUCUAGCGAGGUGUUCUCCAUAAUCGAGUAUUUUUGUUCUGCUUUUUACAAAUUCCUGAUGUCUCUUAUCUAACGCAAAAUAUCCGGCUCUCAAACGUUUGGAGAUCACAGUUUUGCAUCCUGAGGGAUUUCCUUGCAACGGGAUGCUGUAACCGGAGUAAUCCCUGACAAAUAUUUACCCGAAAGGCAUAAACCGGUUGCAUUCGAAUACCUCAUCCCCUCCCCUUCCCAGCUGAAUCAGAGGUCUUUAACAAACAAAUCACUGGUUUUCGUGGUCCUAUUUCUGAUUUUAAUCAGAUUUUCUGUUCCCGCGCCUCUGGUAACAAUCAAAUUAGCACGUUUGGAGGAGACUGAUUGUUCCAGAACCGCCGUUCACUCAUCCCCUUCCUUAAGAUUUAGUUAUUUUCGGCACGGAAAACUUGUUUCGGCAAAUGCAUAAAAAAAAGCGUUAAUAAGUGGAUUACUGUAUUUCCGGCGAGAACCCUCGGUUCGAUCCUUUCGAUCCGAGCCCUUUGAAAUCGUUUUGAAGUUUUUCGGACGUCAUGUGAAUGUCGAGGGAGCAAGAGCAUUUACUUUUUCAUUAUAGUUUGUUCCCCUAAUUGCAUAAGUAGUCUAAAAUUGUCUGUUUAUUCCAAAAAUGAUGACAUUUUUGUGCUUCAUUGCUCUCUGAUGCUUGCCUUGACCAAUAUCGUAUCGUUUCGGCCCAACCUUUGGCCAAGCGGACUCUCGAGUGCUCAUGAAUCGAGAGUUUUCUCCCUCUUCAAACCAGGUAUUCGAAUACCUCGGCUAUAUGUGUCUAUCCCAAGAUAAACAAUUAUCUUCCCCCUCAUAGUCGUCACAGGAAAAAAUACCUCGGUUAUUUAAAGUGACACCCGCUGUCCUGGGGUCGUUUUCGGUCCCUUUCCAAACCCUCCGGACCUCAAAACACCUGACGCGGAAAAGAAUGCGAACAGAUGAAUAAUUGAGGGCAUUAUUUAACCAAAGUCACAGCUGCGUCAAUACAGUGAUUUACGUGAGAAGAGUGGCACGCUUUCCAGAUUUGAGCCGGGCUCAAGCAAGUAGCAAUUGUUACGUUUCUCAUCAUUAAAAAGUGUCCAGUGGGGGAAAGAAACAAAAACAUUUGAUUUACAGCCUUUUCUUUUCAGCACCGCUGACAUUGACGAUGUGGAACUCGCUGAUCUCAAGACCGUCGCCACACUGGGUAUUGGUGGCUUCGGUCGGGUGAAUCUGGUCAAACACUUUGACACUGAGAAGGUCUACGCUCUCAAAAUCAUGAACAAGGCUCAUGUGAAAGAGAUGAACCAACAAGAACACGUCCUCAAUGAGAGAAAUAUCCUCAUCUCAUGUCGUUGCGACUUCAUUGUCCGUCUUUAUAAGACUUUCCGAGAUGCGGAACGUCUCUACAUGCUGUUAGAAUACUGCCCUGGAGGCGAGGUCUGGACCAUGCUCAGGAAUUGGGGCCGCUUCGACGAAUUGACUGCCCGAUUUUACUGUGCCGCUGCCCUGGAGGCAUUCGAUUAUUUACAUCGUCGCUGCAUCAUUUAUCGUGAUCUCAAGCCCGAAAACAUGUUAUUGGACAAGAACGGAAUCCCCAAAUUAGCCGACUUUGGGUUCGCGAAACGUCUAAAGUCCGAGAAUGCCAAGACCUGGACAUUCUGUGGCACUGCCGAGUAUGUGGCCCCGGAAAUCAUCCUCAACAAGGGUCAAGACACAGCUGUCGACAUCUGGAGUCUGGGAAUAUUCAUGUAUGAAUUGAUCUCCGGCACUCCACCCUUUGCCAGCACUGAUCCCAUGCAUACUUACAACUCUAUCCUCAAGGGUGUGAAUUCGUUGGCAUGGCCCAGGUAUAUCAGCGAUCAGGCUAAGAGUUUGAUCUGCAAAUUCUGCCGAAAAGAUCCUGCUCAACGAUUGGGUUACGGGAGAAUCGAAGACGCGAGGAAAGACGUCUGGUUCCAGGGAUUUGACUUUGUCGCCUUCAGGAAUCACACAAUGAGACCUCCAAUCAGGCCAAAGGUAAGAUCCUGAUCAAUAUUUUGAAUUUAUAUUGAUGUUAGAAUAAAAUUGACUGAAUAUUUAUGCCAUAUUUACUAAUUCUCCUUUAUUUCCAGAUCCGAAGUUCAACAGAUACACAGAAUUUCGACCGAUAUCCCUCGACCGACAACUUUUCCACGGGUGAAGAUGAGACUGGCUGGGAUGCCGACUUCUAA